AUGGGGCUGGAGUUCGAGAAGGGCAAUGCCCAGAGGAACUCCUUGUUCUUUACGAAGCUAUCCCCGGAGCUCAGACGGCAAAUCUUCAUCUAUCUAUUUGGAGAGUCAAAGGUGCACAUCAAGUUUCUUCAGAGUAGUGAGAAGCUCAAGCGCGAGGGUCACCCUAAAUAUUCGAGGAUCCCGGGCUGGUAUCACUGCGUUUGUAGAAAAGGGUUGAAAGUGCCCAUCCAUCCACACUCAGAAGAAGACCACAAAUGGUGUUAUCUGUCAGCGGACAUUAUAUUUACCUGCAAAUGGGCCUAUCAGAGCGGUCUUCCUGUGCUCUAUCGUACGAACAAACUCAUCCUCGAUAAUCCUCAGGAUUACACAAUGUUCAGCUCUUGGUUCAACGCCAAGCAGAAAUAUAUUCGAUCAAUCAGCUUGCAUCUCGAAUGCCCGGCCGUUUACGAUGCUCACGAGGGUCUCUGCCACUUAUCCACUGCUUUGCCUGAGUCCUUGCUACUGCAGCGCUUGGAAGUGCGGAUGCUGCUCCCCGGUCUUGGUACUCAUCAUGGAAGCUCGGAGCGGGACAGUCAAUUGAUGUUGAGAUGUCUCAGAAUGUUCCUUCGGGGUGGUCUGAGCAAAGGCAAGGUUGAACUGCUCGCACUGCAUCUGCCGGAAGCUAUGAAAGAGAUUGUGGAAGGCGAUAAGCAAGUCGAUGCUACAAUUUGGGAAAAUGUCGAUUGUCAGUUUGAACAGGACAAUGGCCCAGAAGGAGAGGAGGCGAAGGAGGAAGAAGACCCAGAGUCCGAUGACGAGAACCACGGUCUUUAUAUCUUUCCCACACAAGGCGACUUCUGA